UACAUGGGAAGGGUCGUCACUGGGUCUCAUCUAACCUAAGCAAGUGCGUCUUCACAGCUAUUACCGCUCCCCUCCUACACACUUCGUAGCUACCGCCACUCCCCUCCUAUAAAUCUCGGCUCGCCCGACGCCUUCGCCAUCGUCUCGGUGCAGUGCAGGGAACGAGCGAGCUCGAGCUAGACGACGGCAAUGGCGGCUUCGACGACGACGGUGAGGAGGAUCAAGCUGGGGUCGCAGGGCCUCGAGGUGUCGGUGCAGGGGCUGGGCUGCAUGGGCAUGUCCGCCUUCUACGGCCCUCCCAAGUCCGACACCGACAUGAUCGCCCUGAUCCACCACGCCGUUGGCUCCGGCGUCACCUUCCUCGACACCUCCGACAUCUACGGCCCCCACACCAACGAAACCCUCCUCGGAAAGGCACUGAAGGGAGGGGUGAGGCAGAAGGUGGAAUUGGCGACCAAGUUCGGAAUCAGCUUCGCGGACGGGAAGAGGGAGGUCCGGGGCGAUCCGGCGUACGUGAGGGCGGCUUGCGAGGCCAGCUUGAAGCGGCUUGACAUCGAUUGCAUCGACCUCUACUACCAACAUCGCAUCGACACUCGCGUCCCCAUCGAAGUCACUAUCGGAGAGCUAAAGAAGCUCGUUGAAGAAGGUAAGAUGAAGUACAUUGGUUUAUCCGAGGCCUCUGCAUCAACAAUCAGAAGAGCACAUGCUGUUCAUCCCAUCACAGCAGUGCAAUUGGAGUGGUCGCUUUGGUCAAGAGAUGUGGAGGCAGAGAUCGUUCCAACGUGCAGGGAGCUUGGCAUUGGAAUUGUUGCAUACAGUCCUUUAGGACGAGGAUUCUUUUCUGUUGGCUCCAAGUUGGUGGAGAAUAUCUCUAAGGAUGACUUCAGACAGUAUCUACCAAGGUUCCGGCCAGAGAACCUGGCUCACAACACGAAGUUAUUUGACCGAGUGAAUGAAAUUGCGCAAAGAAAGGGAUGCACCACAUCGCAGUUAGCCCUCGCUUGGGUACACCACCAGGGUGAUGAUGUUUGCCCGAUUCCCGGCACAACCAAGAUCGAGAAUUUCAACCAGAACAUUGGAGCUCUGUCAGUGAAGCUUACACCGGAAGAGAUGUCCGAGCUUGAAUCGAUUGCUUCUGCAGACAAUGUCAAGGGUGGCAGGUACGAUGGAAGCAUGUCUACAUGGGAAAACUCCGACACUCCACCCCUUUCUUCUUGGAAACCUGCCUAGAAGCGUGUCUGCUUCUGUUGCUGCAUCUUUGUGCAGAGUUUGAGCGUUUGCCGCUGAAGUAAUUUGAGUUUAUGUUGUGUGGCUGUUAUAAGUAUGUGUAAUAAGAGAGUGACUGUUUUCAUUUUGUACAUGUGACAUUCGCUAUGAGAAGAUUAUGGAUGUGUACUAACCUUACUGGGGAAAGAUCACUCAAUAAACACGAGAGCGAGUUGAAUA